UUGCCUCACAAUUGAAUUGUAAGCCGAAAUUGCCAAUUUCUCAGGUAUGGAUUUCGCCUCGAUUAAACCUACCUGGAUGAAACCCACCAAAAACACUAGUCACACAGAAGACUUACUCUUAAGUGUGGGGAACCUUCCCAUCCGUGGCCUCCAAAUUAUCGGGUACCUCCCCCUCUCAGUCGUACAAGUUCCCGUUAUCAUAAACAACGACGAUAACCACCCACCCAAAACGUUACCACUAAAAUCAUUGCAAUUCCGCUGGACGGGAAUACCAUUUCUCUCGCAAAUCUUCACCCUCACAUUUCUCGCAGUCUUCGUCACAUAUUUUUUCAAACAUAGUCAAGAUCAAGAAUCUCUCUAUCAAUUGACAUCCCUAACUUCUGAUUCGAUCAUUAUCGGAAUACUUUGCACUUCCUGCCUUACGAACUGUAUCGUCAAUCGUGUCCAUGCAUUGGCCUGUGUGCGACAAACUCUCCGUUUUUGGAGAUUCCAAUGCAAUCAGGUGGGAAAAAUUGCAAAUUUGUGGAAUGUUCCAGAAUUAGUGGAAGACUUGCGAAAGCAAAAUCGCAACAUUUUUUUCAAAAUUUCCAUCCUGCUCGUACUGCCGUUAGUUUUCAUAGCUAUUGACGCCUUGUGGGGUGUUGGGAUCCAAGAUGCGCAAAAUGGCAUGAUUAUUACGCCAGUAGCUGUCGUUUUAAUGGUGUCCGGUGGGAUAUUUUGGAUCUAUCUGGCCUACACUAAUGUGCUCUUGAAUAACUGGUUGACCUUUUUCGUUAGAAUUUACACUACAGUUUUGACCGGUAUUUUACGCGAGGUGGAUCAGCAUUCAGCACUCGAAAGUCUUUUUGUUAAUGCUGGUGCUGAGAGUAUCGGAAGUUUUAAUGAUGCAUCAGAUGCAUAUGAUAUUUUAAUAAAAUUGGUAGACGGUUUUAACGACUCGUUCGGAAUUAGGAUUCUAGUUGAAGUGGGGGUUUACAUAGUUUGGAUUUUGGGAUGCACAUAUUUUGCUAUGGUUGCUUGGAAGGUGGGAAGGUUAUGUACUUGUGCAACAAACAUAUCCGCCUCAAUUUUAGCCAUGUACGCGUUAUAUAAUUAUGGAAAUCAUGGAGAAUUGUUGAGUCAAAAAAGGAUUUUGCUAAUGAAGAAAUUGAGUCAGAUACGGACACAAAAUCUUGGAAGGAUGGAGUGUGAAGAGGUUAAAUCGUUACUCCGAAAAGUGAAAAAUUGUGACCUCAAUAUUACGGCUGGGCACUUCUUUGUCCUGCAUCGCACCUUUGUACUUUCAAUAUUGUCGGUCCUGAUGACUCUUCUCAUUGUCAUGACCCAAUUCAGAGAUAAGGAUGAGACACAAAAGUAUGGAGUUCGGAAUAAUUUUAAUUUUUCUUUUUAAUAAGUAGAACAAAUUAUUGCAAAAAUAAGAAAGUAUUAACAAAGUUCGUAUUACAAAUAAUUUAUCAACGAUUUUUAUAUAGAUAUUACGUAUAAGGUACCUUAUAUGAAAGUUGUUUAUUAUAACUUAUUCCUUAUACACUAUUGACGCCACCCCCCAAAUCAGCCCACGCCUCCCCCCCGUGCCAAAAUUCCGCUACCCAACCCACCCCCAUCUUAAACAGGAAGAUCGCCCCGGCCACCACGUAGGGCCCACCCCCGCCCCCCAAUCUGUGCCACCACGCCCACCUCUCCGUCCACCCGACCCGAAGUGCAACUUUCAAGACCACCCAUCCCACCACAAACACUUACACACCUAACCCCACACACUCUUUAAUUAAAGUGAAGUAUCACAAAUUAAAUCUUUUUUCUGUCCCCAAUCUCAAUUUUUAUUAAACUGUCUAGAGCUUACACCACACAAUUGCCCAACACACAUUUAAUAUUAGAACUCUCCUUAGCUCAAUAUUAAAAAUACACACA